CAAAAACAUGCUAGUGGGGAAGAGAGCAUGGGGUCAAAAAUCGUCCACACAAAAAAGCCAAUCUUAAAUCCCCAUCCAUCUUCUUCGUUCUUCCCUUAUCUUCCUCCAAACAUAAUCUGAUUAAAAUCCCAAACUGCUGUCUACUACUAAAACAAACAACGCUCUUCAAAUCAUCACUUGAUACUUCUUCUCUCUCACACAUUCUCAUGGCUUCACUUUCUCUUCCUAGGCACUCACUCCCUCCUGUGCUUCCUCCCCAAACUCGUAAAGACCUAUUUUCCCAAACCCUCAAAAUCUUCUCCAAAUCAUCUCACUCUCAGUUUUAUGGUACGAGGCUCUCCUAUUCUACUUCUACAACAAUCCCACUUUCAUCUUCCACCAAGAAUGUCGUUUUCGCCAAGGUGAAAAAGGGUUCGGCACCACCACCCUUUACCUUGAAAGAUCAGGAUGGAAAGAAUGUGAACCUUUCCAAAUUCAAAGGGAAACCUGUAAUUGUCUAUUUUUACCCUGCUGAUGAGACCCCCGGCUGCACUAAACAGGCUUGUGCAUUUAGGGAUUCUUAUGAGAAGUUUAAGAAAGCUGGAGCAGAGGUAAUCGGUAUAAGUGGUGAUGAUGUAAACUCACACAAGGCAUUCGCAAAGAAAUAUAAACUUCCUUACACAUUACUAGCCGAUGAAGGUAACAAGGUGAGAAAAGAAUGGGGUGUGCCAGGGGAUCUGUUUGGAACAUUGCCUGGGAGAGAGACAUACGUUCUUGACAAGAAUGGAGUUGUCCAACUCGUCUACAACAACCAGUUCCAACCUGAAAAGCACAUUGAUGAGACUCUCAAAAUACUUAAAAGCAUUUGAAUCCUCUUGUAUCGUCUUUUAGUUGUACAUCGUUUUGCCGUUGAUGAGACUCUCAAAAUACUUAAAAGCAUCUGAAUCCUUUUGUAUCAUCUUUUAGUUGUACAUCGUUUUACCAUUGAUGUAGACAAGUGCAUCAAUAUGUAUGAUUGAAUCUUAUCUUUUAAAGCUAGAGCUGUCAAUGUUUGAACCUUCCUUUAUAUUUGAAUAAAGACAAUCAUUUUCUGUUCAA